CACAAAACUUAACAUAUCCCCAACUGCCUAUUUGACAUAAUAUUAAAUAAUUUCGACACUUCAAAAUUCCUGAGUGAUAUUUUCUAGCCAUUUAAUAAUAAAAGUUUAUACAUAACACAAUUCAUAUAAGUAAAAUGUCCUGUCCUAGUAAAAAAUAUUUGAGUCGUUCAAAAAGAGCCGGCUUGACAUUUCCCGUAGGUAGAAUCCUCCGGUUCUUGAAGGAAGGGAACUAUGCAAAACGUGUCGGCGCAACUGCGGCUGUGGUCUUAGCUGCAAUCAUGGAGUACUUGGUAUCCGAAGUGUUGGAGUUGGGAGCAAACGCUGCUCGAGAUAAUGGAAGAGCAAGAAUUCGACCGAGACAUCUUCAACUGGCCAUACGCAAUGACUCAGCCCUAGAUGAAUUUUUAACAAAUGUGAAUAUCCCUGAGGGUGGUGUUGUGCCAAAUAUUGACCCGUCGUUAUUACCGAGUAGUAGGAAAGAAGGGGGUUAUUAUUCAUGAGAUAAAAUAUUUGUCUAGCGUGUAAGAUAAAAUUUUUGUUUGUUAUUUGUAUAAUAUUGUAAAUAUAUUAAUUUAAAAAAACUUAAAU